CAAUUAACAGCCCUGUCAAAACAUUUCAUUGUUUGACAGCCGUGUUAUCAGGGAUGAUUAACAAAUAACGUGUAGAUUCGGGGUUAGCUUAAUCUUCUCAUGAACUUUGGAACACACAGUCGUGGACUUGAGGACUUUUAUAAAAGUUCACUCACAUUUUACACAAUUAUUUCCCUGUGCACUUUAAAUUAAUGUUAAUUAUGGCUGGUAGAAAUUUAGUGGAUAUAAGAGUAAUUCUACUUCUUUUGUUAUUAACAUUACACUGCCUUUCACAAUCAUUUGAAAAUGGAAAAACUCAUAAAUACUCAUAUUCAACCAAUGUUGUGUUCAAUGAAGCUAACUCAGGAGGGAAGAAAGACGUUGGAUAUUACUUAAGUACAGAAUUUGAUGUAUCGCCUGUCUUCCAAGCAGGUGAUGUACAGCUAAUGAAACUACAGGUUACUAGUGCAGCAUUGUCAAGUGUAUCAAGACCAGAUCUUACAAAUGCCUUAGCCACCCUACUGAAAUACCCAGUAUACUUUGAACUAUCUGAUGGUACUGUGGAAAGAGUAUUUGGGCUGGAGAAAGAAAGUGUUUUCUGCAACAACUUGAAAAAAGGAAUAAUAUCUUUAUUUCAAAUGCAAAAUAAAGACGGGAAUAGAGAAGAGCUGGAUGUGUCUGGAGAGUGUAAAGUGUCUUAUGUAAAAACUGGGUCCACAGUAACAAAGACUAAACAUGGCUGUCAGAAUUUAGAGAUCGCUGGACAGUAUAUAAAUCCUAAUAAGUUGUUUGGAGUAUCCGUUUCAAGCACCUCCAUGACACAGUAUGAGUUAUCUGAUGGUGUUAUACAGUCAGCUCAAGGCAUACAUCACAGUGUAGCUACAAUAAAUAUCAAGUCAUCUAUAAACACGGCAGCGACAGCUCAACAAUCAUUGCAACAUAUCAGUUCAAUGGUAGGAAAGUCAACUGAACAAGGUUCAUCUAUAGAUGAUAUAGUCAGCCAUCUUGGUAAAGAUUUAGGUCAGAGUUUUUCAUCAACAUUACUGCCAAGUGGUACAGAAGUGCAAACAUGUAUAGAUAACUGUCAAAAGCCAAUAGACGUUUUAAGAAGUUUGAAAGAAAGCUUAGUAAGUGAAAAAUUAGCUACAGCUGAAUCUGGCAAAGCCUUUAUAGAACUGUUGAGAACAUUUAGAAAUACAGGGAAGUUAACUAUUGAGGAAAUUCUUACCAAUACUGAUAGCUAUUAUAUUGUUCCCCAGUUAAUAGAUGUAGGAGCAGCUACUCAGACACCAUUUGCACAGAGAGCUAUGAUGGACCUGGUCCAGUUUGAACAGGACUAUUCUACAGAAUAUCCAGAGAGAUUGUUACUGGCCCUGGCUUACAGUACUCAUCCUGGCGAAUACCUCUUAAAGGAUUUAAUUAAUUUAAUGAAGAAGAAACUACCAAAUGUUAAUAUUCAAGAAUCUGUUGCUAUGGCAACAGGAGCUGUUAUACACACAUACUGUCAAUACCAAGAUCAAUGUCAACAUGAGAUAGUUAAAGAAUACAAACAACUGAUUAGAAAAAUGUUAAAGGAUUGUGGAGACGACAGCUGUACAUUGAGACACCUUAGAUCUGUAGGAAAUGCAGGAUUAGCUGAGUUCUUACCUGAGUUACUUACUAUUGCUCAAAACAGUAAAAAUCCAGCAGUAUCAUUGGCUGCAGUGCAAGCCUUGAGAAGGAUGGACAAAGAUUUCCUAAAAGAUCAGGCAAAAGUUAGAUUGGUUAAGAUGUAUCUACAGAUUACCAGAGAAUAUGAUUCAAGUGUCAGAGUUGCUGCCCUUGAAUUAUUGGUACAGCUUAAUCCCACUUCAGAAGAAAUCUAUAGUAUAUUAAAAUCAGCUUUAGACAAUAGAAAGGAGUUUGAGUUGUCUUUAUAUACCAUGAAAAGAGUUUUAGAUAUGGUUAACUUAAAUAACAAUGUCAGGGAAUCAUUCUUAACAGCUUUGAAGAAAUACGAUAUAAACAACUAUAACUUCUUUAGUCACAGAGGAAAAUCAAGUGCAUUUACAGGACUAAUGGCAGCUAUGAAAGAUAUGAAUUCUUCGUACUACCUCCAUCAGGAGACAGCUAGAACUGGUGUGAUGAAGAGAAGUGGUAUGGAUGUGGGAGUAUAUAAUGAUGCCAUGACACAGCCUGUAUUCAAUUUUGAACUGUAUGCUGAAGGCUUAGAAGCAUUAAUAGGAGGGGGAGACGAGGAGGUACCAGAAGGGGGACCUGAGGCUACAGCAGGCAUGACUUUAUCAUUGAUGGACGUUUUAUUAAGACCAAUAGAAUUUUUCCGUGGUUCUGGAGGACUUAUGUCUGCUGUAUGGAAUGCACCCUCUGAUCCAAUCUCAGCAUUACAGGCAAAUCUUUUACUACAUGAUCAUUCUCAGAAACUACAUUUAUCAAAUGGAUUAAUAAUAGAUAUACAAGUGACAGGUGUAGCUUCCAUUGAUCUCUCAGGCAGCAUUAGUAUUAGUUUAUGGUAUAAAAACUCUAACUCGUUAAUUAAAACAAGUGGUGCUAUGAUUAUAAAUGGAUGGAUGAAGUUGGAAUCUGAAGUUUUACAAGGAGGAAUGAACUUUACAGCUGAAUCAGAAGCAGUUAUAGACUUUAAAACAGAUGUAGAUUUCUCAGAUAUGCCUUUUAAAAUGUGUUUACAAAUGAUGAGACCUCCAUUACAAUACAAAUAUAAUUUAGAUAAAUUUGAAAAAUCCAGAUUUUUGAAGAAAAGAUAUAGACACAAAGUUAAAAGAUCUACAAAAAUAUCACCACAGUCAUUUUUUAUAAAUGAGAAAAAUUCAGAAAUGUGUACAGGAAUGUUUGCUAACGAAUGAAAGACAAAAGUUCCAAGCAAGAGAAGUCAUUCCAGUUAAGGAAAUCCACAUUCUUUCCAGAAUUCUCUCGAACUUGGUUUUAAUUUUACAUCUUAUUUAAAUGAUCUUUUAUUCAUUUUUUUUUAAUUAAGAAAUAUGUUAAAACAUGGGCAAGCGGCCAAAAUAGUUAAUGGAUAACAUCACUUGUUAAUGUUAUGUUUUUAAAAAAAAAAAUUUAAGGAUUAUGUUGGUCUUUUAUUUCAGGGGGGGAAUCUUCAAUCAUUUCAUAGUUAUGUUAGUUUCAUUGAUAUAUGAUUCGAAUGAUAUAGUUCCAUUAUUUUAGUGCAGUUGCGGUUUUUACCUCGUUAAUGAGAAAACACAAUCAGCAUAUUUGACAAAAAUAGCAGUUUUACAAAUAAUCUUUGAUUUGAUUAAAUAUAACAACAGCCUUACCCUUUUUAUAUCUGAAAGACUAAAAUGAUGACUUACAAACAUCUUGGGUAUGUCAUUUUAUAGAUUUAAAGUACUUUAAAAUUUUGGAAUCCAAGGAUCGAAAAAAUACCUUAUCAUACCUUCUGCUUUGUUUAUUUUGUUUUACAGACUUUUGAAGGUUUGUAAUUGUUAAGAUAUAUAUUUGCCUUCCUCAUUUGACACUGCCUCGAUUUUAAAAUCGUUUUGUUUAUGUCUUAAAUUUAUUCUUUAUAAGACAAUAAUGUCAUGUUAGAUUGUUCAACAGACAACUUGUCGGAACUGAUUAAAAUGAACAAGGAAUCAGUAAAAAAGUAAAGAUAAAAUCAUGUGAAUAAAGUUAUAUAUGUAUUACUGAAACAUUUCAACACACAAUAAUUGGACACUCCGUCGGGCUGAUUUUUCUUUCUUUUUAAGAUUUGAGUCCAUAAUGUAUACUUUUGUUGUUUUCUGUCAUUGCCAUGACAACUUGCAAUAACUGUUCAAAUACUCUUUGUUAUAAAAUAUUGUACUUUUAUGUGCCAAAAAUAAUCAUGUUUUGCAAUAAAUUGUUGACUUUUGUAUAUUUACAAUUA